AUGGCGUACCAGUUCUCGAGGAAGGGGUGCUUCAAGUGCGGAAACUUGGGCCAUAUCGCGGAGAGUUGCACCUCGCAGGAGAGGCUCUGUUACAACUGCCGCCAGCCUGGCCAUGAGUCGGCGGCGUGUCCUCAGCCGCGUACUGUCGCGACUAAGCAGUGCUACUCCUGCGGCGGAGUGGGCCAUAUCCAGGCCGAGUGCCCCAGCCUCCGCCUUGCUGGUGGUAACCAGAAGUGCUACAACUGCGGCCGGUUUGGCCAUAUUGCGCGCCAGUGCCCCAACGCUGCCGGCGCUGGGGGCUUUGCUUCGCGCGCCCCGCCUCCUGGCCGCGGGCUUGACCGCGCUGCCCUUCCGCCCGUGAAGUGCUACCGCUGCGGUGGACCGAACCAUAUGGCUCGUGAUUGCUUGGCUGCGCCCGGUGCCGCCGAAGGAGGUGCCCCGGUUCACCGUGCCAAGACAUGCUACAAGUGCCAGCAGGAGGGCCACAUCGCGCGCGACUGCCCCGAGAACGCCGAAUACGCUGCUUGA